AUGGCGGAGGCGGGAGGAGAGGGGCUCAGCAGCGCGGUCGUGAACGAAUUGGAGUUCCUGCAGUGCGAGGAGGAGGAUGGCGCCGCGGAUGUGGUGCUGUUCACGUUCUUCAUGCUGUUCAUUGGGCUCUUCACGCGCCACGUGCUGGCCAAGGUGCCCGUGCCAUACACGGGCCUGCUCCUGCUUGCCGGGCUUGUCUUGGGGCUGGCGGGGUCCAUAGUGGAGACCAACGCCCGGGAGAAGGAGGAGAAGCGGCUGGAGCGGGAGGCGCUGGAGGCCCUGGAGGGGUCGAAUUCGACGGUGGCGCCAGAAGAGGUCGAUGUCGAGGAGGCGGGCGGGGAGGUCCGGGUUGAGGUUGAGUACGAGUUGCCCAAGGCCUACGAGCACCUGGGGCGGGGAAUGGAGGCUUGGACGAACAUCAGCCCUGAGCUGCUGCUGCUGGUGCACCUCCCGGCGCUCAUCUUUGCUAGCGGCUUCUCCAUGGACUUCCACAUCUUCAAGCGCAACUUCUGGCAGAUCCUCCUCCUGGCUGGGCCGGGGGUGGCCAUCGGCACCGGGUUCACGGCCGUCGUGGGCAAGUUCAUCUUCCCCUACGGCUGGUGCUGGCCGAAGGCGCUCAUGUUCGGCGCCAUGCUCAGCGCCACGGACCCGGUGGCCGUUGUGGCGCUGCUCAAGGAGGUGGGCGCCUCAGAGACGUUGGGAACUGUGAUCGAGGGUGAGUCCCUGCUGAACGACGGAACAGCCUUCGUGUUCUUUCUCGUAUUCAGGGACCUCAUCCGCUGGACCACGUCCUGCAACACUGGUGAGUGCCAUGGCGCCGACCGCAUGCGCGAGGGCCUGCAGCACCUGUGCAAGUGCCGCCACCCCGAGUUCGAGCGCCUCCACGAGGACGACCGCGCGGACUGUGAGGGCGUGCCCACCUUCGAGGAGGACCCAGACUUCAAGCAGCCCUUCACGCCGGUCUGCAGCUUCCCCCACCGUACCUUCGGGGAGACGCUGGUGUUCUUCUUGCGGAUGGCCAUCGGUGCCCCUGCGCUCGGGGCGGCCUUUGGGUUUGCGGCAUCGAUGUGGAUUAACUACGUGUACAACGACCUGGUGGUCGAGGUGGCGAUCACGAUCGUGACGGCGUACCUAACAUACUUCACGGCGGACGACCUUGUGGGGGUCUCUGGUGUGCUGGCCACCGUGGCCCUGGGCAUUACCAUGGCAGUGAUGGCCAGGCCACGGCUGUCCCCUAAGGCCCACGAGCCCAUGGAGGUGUUCUGGGAGCUCAUGGAGUACUUCGCCAACAGCACCAUCUUUAUUUAUGCCGGCGUGGAGAUCGCCAAGAAGAUCUACGAAGUCGAGAUUGAUGUUGACAGUGGCGACAUUGAGGCCGGAUUCAUAAACAAGGGUGACUGGGGCCUGUCCAUACUGCUGUACCUCUUCCUGCAGCUCAUCCGCCUGCUCACCAUCAUCAUGCUGUACCCCUUUAUCAUGCUGAGCGGCUACGCCGUCAGCUGGAAGGACGUCCUUGUCAUGACAUGGGGUGGCCUGCGCGGCGCUGUGGGCCUGGCGCUGGCGCUCAUCGUCGACCUUGAUGAGGAGAGAAUCGACCCGAAGUUCAGGGCACUGACGAUUUUCUACAUGGGGCUCAUCGCGGCGUACACGCUGCUGGUAAAUGGCACCUCCAUGUCGCGGUUCCUGGACUACCUGGGCGUGACCAAGACGAAGCCCGAGAAGCUGGAGGUGCUGCUCCAUGUGGUCAAGAGCAUCGAGAACAUCGGGUCGCACGAGCUGAGCGAGGCGGAGCCAGACCACCUUCUGGGCGACCCGGAUUGGAAUCUGGUGCUGCGGAUCACGUCACUCGACGUCAGCUCGAUCAUCCCUUCAGACAGGGAAAUAAUCAGCGUCAUGAUGGAUGCAAAGCAGCGCAACAACCCUGUGGCCCUUGAGCUCCAGAACCACCUCAACCAGAACAGCCUGGCGUACGGCACGACCCCGCGGCUGGGCCGCCUCUCAGUCGCGCGCUACCUGGGCGGGCCCAAGCCGGCGGCGCCGGCCGUGGACAAGGUCACCAUGGUCAGUGACAUCGCGGGAAUGUCGUCUGUGGUGACGAAGGACAUGCUGGUGAUGGACUUCCGCACGCGGCUGCUGACAGGCAUCAAGUCGGUGUACGGGGAGCUGAUCGAGGAAGGGGAGAUCAGCGCAGAGCACUUUGCAUACCUGAAGGAGAGCGCAGACGAGGGUCUUGACUCAGUCAGCGAGCCCUUGUCCGAUUGGUACUAUCUGGAGAACUCCUUGUCCGCCUCGUGGUGGCGCAGAGUCGUCAACAUGCUGCUGCGGGGCUUCGAGAAGACCCUGCAGCGCAUGCUGUUCACUUCUCUGGAGACCUCCGCGAUCAUUGCCAGGAACUUUAUCCAUGCUCACGAGGAAGCCACGCACAGCCUGCAUGAAUACAUUCAGUUCAUCAAACAGGAACAGGCUGAGAACGGCGUCCAGGACGAUGCCACGCGGCUUGUGGAGGAAGCCUCGGCGAUGGUGCUCGAGGAGAGCCGGCAGGAGAGCGAACAGGCAGUGGAGUUUGUCAAGAACUUGCGCCGCGCCUACCCGGAGGUCGCACGUGCGAUCAAGAGCAAGCUGGCGGCGUGGGAGAUCCUGCGGAUGAAGCAGGAGUACGUCCAGAAGCUGGGGGGCUCGGGCCUGAUCGAGGCCAAGGAGGCCACGGCCCUCGAACUGCUCAUCGAGGCCACCAUCAAGAAGCUCAUGCACAACCCUCCAAGGGUCGAGCUUGCAGAGCCCAAGGUGAUGCUGAAGACCCACCCCGUGUUCUACGAGAUGGACCAUCACAUCUUUGAGACCACAGUAUGGCCACAUGCCAAGCUCAAGGUCUACGACAAGGACCAGGGAGCUGGGAAAGCUUUUCUGUAUCUUUGCAUUGGCGGCUUCUGCUUCCUGGAGAAGUUUUGGCUUGUCUGUGCAAAUGGCACUGCUCGAAGCGCGCUGCAUGAAUCGCAUUUGAGAGAAGGUGCAAUGGUGGGUAUCAGUGAGGUGAUGCUGAGGCAGCGGCGCUCACGCAGCUUCACGGCCGAGACCGUUGUCCAGGUGUACCACAUCGACGCUGUGGAAUUCCUGAACCUUGCGCGUAUCCACGAGAGCGUACGACGCAGGGCCUGGCAGAUGGCCGGAGCCUUCCAGACACUGCAGCACCCAUGGGGCGCCUUCAAGGGUGCCUCGCUCAGUGAGCUGCAGUCUGUGUUUUGGCGCUCCGAGCUGCUCACCCACAUGCCUGGCGACCGCCUCAAGGUCGACGGCAACUGGUACCUGGCCUCCGGCGAGAUGGUCGAGAUCAACAACGACGGCGGCCGCCAGCGUCCCAUCCCCGCGCCCGCGCCCCUCUCUCCCAGCGGCGCCAUGCACCUCUGCACCACGGACGUCAAGAUCCUCAAGGUGCCCGAGAACGCGAGGCCCAGCCGCCUGGGCAUGAAGUCCUCCAACCCCUCCGUGGGCCCCCGCUCCUCCGCCGGCAUCCGCCGCACCUCCCUGGCCAACCUCUCUAUGCGCCCCUCCCAGCUCACCGCCAACAGCAUCUCCAAGGUCAGCGGCGGGAGCAUGCAAUCCGUGCAGUCCCCCGCCAAGCCAAGGUCGCCGGCCCCCGCCCAACCUCAGCCACGCGGCCCGUCGCCGAUGCCACGAGGGCUGCCGGGGAUCGCGGAAGCACAGCCGGCCGUCGCCAGGGGAGGGUUGGGCGGCAUACCUGAAGGCAACGACACGGGUAGAUCCAGGGGGACCCAUGAUGGCGGCUCCGCGGAGCGCGCAGCGCUGAAGAGGCCGGAGAGGCCGGCCCCGGAGCGGGAGCCUCCGCGCAUGAGCCGGGCGCAAUCGCCGAGGGAGACGGGGCCCGAAGGGCCCGCAGGCACAAGCAGCGGCAGCAGGUUCGCGGCGGUGGACCGGGACCCGGGCACGGGCUCGAGGUUCAACCAGUCGGUGAUGACAGCGGACUCGAAGUUCAGGAGGGAAAUGCAGAGGCUGCAGCCACAGACGAUGCGGCCGACGUCAGGUGAGGGGAUGGGGUGCAGCUUUUUUGUGUGGGUGGGUGGGGGGGGGGGAAAGAGGUGCAACAAGCAGAAAGUAGGAACGACAUGGGUAGUAGUAGGAAAUGCCCUAUGA